CCUCUAGGCCGCCAAGCGGGGUCGUUGAACGACCCCAGCCCUAUAUUUCGUGCUAUAACUUAAUAAAUAUAAAAGAUACCAUUCCCAUCUUUUGGAAAUAAGUUCUUUGGUUAUCUGAGAAGGUUGUGUAAAAAUUUCAGCUCAAUCCGUCCACCACAAGAAAAGUUAUUAAGGAAAAUGUAGAAGAAGGGAAUUCAAAAAUUGGUGUAACGGCCAUGCUGCGAAAAAUUUCUUAGAAUGAAGUUAGUCACAUCAUAAAUCAUAUGGUUGAAGGGGGUUGAAGGGUUGUGUUUACUUUCUCACUUUACCAUCUCAGUGUCAGAAUUAUCGCGAAUAAGUGACAUAAACAACAUAAAACAUAAUUAGAAGCAUAUAAAUGUGCAAAACAAUAAAGAAUAUUCGAGAAAUAUUGCCAUUUAUCACGGUGCGGGAAGUGAGGGGAAUGUGGGGAAGUAGUGAAAAAAAAUAGCAGUUGCGGUCAACUUCGUGGCAAAUUUCUCACGAAGAAAGUGUGAAAAAUGAGUGAAAAAUGUUUUUCCCUAAUAUCUUCUUCUGCGUGUUUCCGGGUGGCGAAUUUGUGAUGCAAGGGGCAAGAGGACUAUAUAAGGAGUCUAAAGGUAGUGACCCGACAGUUCCCGGUUUUAUAGUUUAUGAGAAAAUCGACUUCCUUCUUGGGGUCGUUCAACGACCCCACCUUGGCGCUCUAAGGAAUCUCCAAGGUCUUGGCGGCCAGCAGGUUAAUGAGAAUAAUUCUGAGUAAGUUAGGGAGAUUUGCAAUGAAGUUUAUAGAUAUUGGUGCCAAUCUUACGGAUCCCAUGUUCCAGGGAAUAUACGGAGGAUCUAAGAAGCAUGAAGCUGAUUUGGAUAUUGUCCUCAAGAGAUGCUGGGACAUUGGGAUGCAAAAGAUCAUUGUCACGUGCGGAAGUGUGAAUGAUAUUGCCGAAGCUGCAAAAGUUAUUGAGAGAGAUGAUCGCUUGGUAAUGACUGUUGGUUGUCAUCCGACGAGAUGCUCAGAGUUCCUUGCUGAUCCAGAUGAAUACUUAAAAAAUCUCACCACGUCAAUUGAAAAGUUCAAACAGAAAGUCGUGGCUGUUGGAGAAAUUGGUCUUGACUAUGAUCGUCUUCAUUUCUGUGAGAAAGACAUUCAGAAGAAAUAUUUUGAUAUACAGCUACAGCUAGCAGAAGAAUUCAAACUACCACUCUUCUUGCAUUGCCGAAACUCCCAUGAGGACUUUAUUGAGAUCAUCGAAAAGAAUCGGGACAAGAUCAAGUGUGGAGGUGUUGUGCAUUCCUUCGAUGGGAAUAUCGAUGAGGCGGAGAAACUAAUAGAUUUGGGAUUCUUUAUUGGUCUCAAUGGAUGUUCCCUGAAAACUGAGGACAAUCUGCAGGUUGUGAGUUUGCUUCCAGCUGAGAAAAUUAUGAUUGAAACUGAUGCUCCUUGGUGUGGGAUCCGUCCAAGUCAUGCUAGUGCCAAGUUUGUUAAGACUAAAUUCCCCACAGUGAAGAGGAAGGAAAAGUGGACUGCCGAUCAACUUAUUGAUGGAAGAUGUGAACCAAUACAAAUCUAUCAAGUGCUUGAAGUCAUUGCUGGUGUAAAAGGGGAGGAUGAGGAAAAGUUGGCUGAUUUGUUCUACAAGAACACUAUGAGUGUCUUUUUCCCGAAUGAACUUGAAUAAAAGAAUUUUCUUCUUUGCCAAAA